UAAUAAUCCCUGACUAGGUUGUUUACAAAGUGAACUGCUCACCAAACAAAACUCAUAUAACACGUGACCUUCACGUGCUCAUAAUAGACGAUAUAUUUUUCUCCGUACCAGAGGCCUGAGCUAUAUAGGAAAUCUCCUAUUUUGUCCCUUCAUUCCACACAUGAUGAGAAACGCGUAUUCUGGUUUGGCUGGCUUGGCUGGCUUGGCUGGUGGGGCUGGUAUUGCUUCGUACUUCUGGGGGUUUGGCAGCGGCACCAAGACCGAAUCCGCCUCGGUCCCGAUUGUCGUCGGCAAGAACGGCGGCAACGUUCCGUUUGAUCCCGCCUCGGUAAAGCCGCAAGAAUACUUCAAGUACGGGUUCCCGGGCCCAAUCAAUGAUUUACUGAACCGUUCCGAGUUCAUCUCCUGCUACAAUCGUAUCACCAGAAACCCGCACUGGGUCUUGGAGCACAUUACGGCGCAAUCCAUCAAGUCGCAAAAGAACCCGAACGGAGGCAACCUUGUGGACCGCAAGAAGUCGGUAUUCAAGGAGGACGAGGCGAUCCCCCAACAGUUCAGAGGCCGUUUGAAGGACUACUUCAGAUCUGGCUACGAUAGAGGCCACCAGGCGCCCGCCGCCGACGCCAAGUUCGACCAGAAGGCUAUGGACGAGACCUUCUACUUGUCCAACAUGUCGCCCCAGGUCGGUGAGGGGUUCAACCGCGACUACUGGGCUCACUUUGAGGACUUUGCGCGCCGAUUGACCCAAACCUACAGUGACGUCCGGAUCAUCACCGGCCCACUCUACUUGCCUAAGAAGGACCCAGUAGAUGGAAAGUUCAGGGUGACCUACGAGGUUAUUGGUAACCCGCCAAGCAUUGCCGUUCCCACCCAUUUUUUCAAGGUCAUCGUGGGUGAGCAUGCCGGUAGCCCUAACGUUGCCGUGGCAGCCUUUGUUUUGCCGAACGACAAGAUCGACAACUCCACGCCGUUGCAGAGCUUCCAGGUCCCAGUAGAGGCGUUGGAAAGAUCCUCCGGGAUGGAAAUCAUGCAAAAGUGGCCUGUCGAACAGAAGAAGGACUUGUGCAAGGAGGUCAAGUGCGACAUUAUCGUGAGAGAGUUUCCGAAGCAGAUUGCCGCCCCAAAGGAACGUUUGGCCUUGCCCCCUCCAAGAAACUAAGCUUGACCUUCGGAGUCUUGGGUUAUGUUGAAGCAUGAAUUGUAGCGCGUUGUGCUAGUUGAGGUGUAGUUUAUUCUAGAACAUCUACAGAGAUAUGGAGGUAGCUUGAGACUGUACUUUUGCUCAAUACACAUUUUGAUAUUUACGCAGCUACAUAUUUGCGAGUAGAAACUGAGAGCCAUCUUUUAAU